AUGUCUUCGGUGCAGGCGUCCCGCAGACAAUGGUGCUACUUGUGCGACCUGCCCAAGAUGCCCUGGGCCAUGAUCUGGGACUUCAGCGAGGCCGUCUGCCGGGGCUGCGUCAACUUCGAGGGCGCCGACCGCAUCGAGCUGCUCAUCGAGACGGCGCGCCAGCUCAAGCGCAGCCACGCCAUGCCCGAGGGCCGGUCGCCGGGGCCGCCGGGCGCCAAGCAGGCCAAGGACGGCGCGGGAGGAGGAGGAGGAGGAGGAGGCUCGCUGGCGGGGCUGGAGCCCGCCGCCGGGCUGUACCCGCCGCCGGGCUUGGCCCACCUGCCCACCCAGGCCGGCCUGCCCGAGGGCUCCCUGCGCAACGACCCCUCGCCCAUCACGGCCCUGAAGAACGUGGCCGACACGCUGGGCGGCAAGGAGCUCAACCCUGUGCACUCCACCACCGCCCGGCAGAACAGCACCAGCCCGGCCUCGCCGGCCGCCUCGGGACCCCACCGCCUGGUGCCCCGCAACGGCGAGCCGGGCCAAGCAGCCACCACCACCUCUUCUUCCUCCUCCUCUUCCUCCUCGUCUUCAUCGUCCGGAGCCCACUCUUCCGGGGCGGCCGAGCCCAGCGGCACCCAGAGCGCCCCCGACUCGUCCGGGGGGGCGGGCAGCGCCCCGCUCUGCUGCACCAUCUGCCACGAGCGGCUGGAGGACACCCACUUUGUGCAGUGUCCCUCGGUGCCGGGCCACAAGUUCUGCUUCCCCUGUUCGCGGGAUUUCAUUAAGGCCCAAGGAGCUGCCGGCGAGGUUUAUUGCCCCAGCGGGGAGAAGUGCCCCCUGGUGGGCUCCAACGUGCCCUGGGCCUUCAUGCAGGGCGAGAUUGCCACCAUCCUGGCGGGGGAUGUGAAAGUAAAAAAGGAGCGCGAUCCGUGA